UUGCUUAAAUCAUGGGCUUUCCUAAUAACGAGUCGGAUAGUGAUUCAUCAAAUAACAACACGACAAGUGAAUCGGUAGCUAAUAAUAAUAACCGGGUGUUUGUCAACUCAUGUCAUGUGGACUCUUCUAAUCGACACAACACUAGUCGACAUACCGGUGCCGCCAAUGACCUGAAUACAGAUAUGGAUCCCAUCAAUGGUGACAGAGAUCCGGCUGUUGCGGAUGACACAGGGGUUAGUGGUGGCGGCGGCGGUGGUGGUGUCGGUAGCCGUCAUCAGCACCCGCCUGGUCUACUACGACAUCACAACAAUAGCGACCUAAACGACCAGCACAUUGUUCACUUGCAAAUGAGAGACACCCUAUCGGCUGCUGAUGUCCGCCGUACGGUCCGCGGUCUGUGGCCAGUGGACAGCGCAUCGUUUUUUGCCACAUUUUUUUGUUGUAUAAACUUUUAUACAAUUAGCCGUUUUUCGGUACUCACCUAUUAUUUUAAAGGUCCAUUUGUCAUACAAUUUCUCAUAUUAAGCAUCGGUUUUGGGCUACCGUUCCUUCUAUUGACAAUGUCGUUGGGCCAGUAUUUAGGGUCCGGCUUUUACGACAUGUGGUUCAUUAGUCCGGCAUUUAAAGGUAUCGGUGCGGCCUUUCUAUUGACAUACAUGUGCUACGGCCUGUAUAGUUCGGUACCCAUUGCCUGGCUGUUUGUCUAUUUUCGUGAUGCCUUUAUGGCCACCAGCGAUUCGGCCUACAAGUGGUCAUAUUGUAAUACUAGGAUUGCCACAAACAACUGUUUGAUGGCCUUAAACUCCACGUCCUAUGACUACAUCGGUUGGUCCGUCUCUUCCUAUUUUCAUGGUCGAGUACUGGAUAGAAGUCAAAGGCAUCAGACAAAGGAAGUAAAAAUCGAACUGUCCUUUCAUUUGUGUAUCGUUUGGACAGUCAUAUGUCUGACACUGAUUCGCGGCUUUCACUCSACWGGACGGCUAUUGAUGGUAGCGGCGGUCGUACCGUUAGUACUAUACUCUCUGGUCGUACUCCGGUUUGUCGAGCAAUGGGGUGACGGUGUUAGCGAAAUCUUUCAGACCACUGGUCAGCCGUUUUUGUUGGACUCUAUGUCUUGGUUAAUGGCCAGUCGUGAGGUGUUCAUAAUAUGGGUGGCAUUCAGUGCCAUAGCACUCAAUGUCCAGUCCCACAACCGAUCAUCGCAUAACAUAAUCAAACAAAUUCUUGCCCUAUUCUUUCUGGUGACAACUGUCCUAYUAAUGAGCGCCUGUCUGUUUGCCUCAUGUAUGCGUACACUGACCACCAAAGGUUUGGCAUACAUACCGUCAUCGUAUGAAGAAAUCGGUUCCAUACAGUUUGUCCGACCAGUUCAGUCCAACACAGAUACCGGUGGCAAUCAAAAGUUGGCCACCAAUGGUGAUGUAAAGAUACUGUCGGCGGCCAACUUGUUUUUGGGCGAAAAUUUGGUCACCUAUUCGGAGGUGUCGUCGCAUUUAAGUCAUUAUCAAGUAAUGCGUUUCGCCACUGAAGUCUUUCCGGCCGCCCUAUCCGUAGAGGGUUCCCAUCAGAUUGGCUCCAUUUGGGCCGUAUUUUUCUACCUGAGCGCCAUUAUGUUUACAAUGGGUCAUCUGAUUGUUGUCUGGGGCAGUGUUUGCGACGCUAUUGUCUCAAUAAUGCCAACAUUUUUCAAACUAUGGCGUCCGAUACUUACGUUUGUUACCUGUGUGUUGGCCUUUUUGAUGUCACUAUCCAUGACAUCGACGGCCGGCCUAUUUGUCAUAUAUUUUCUCGACUUCUGUAUCGGAUCUCUCUGGUGGUUAGCAUUGCUAUAUUUAUUGAUGCAAAUAUCAGUGCUUAUUAUAAGAGGCCGUCCGGUUGGCACCGAAAAUCUAGUCUCAAUGUUGGCCAAAGACGAGAGCACCCGUAGUUGGUUACUGCCUAUACUGACCUUCCAGUGGAACCUAAUUAUGCCGAUCGCCACUAUGAUAUUGUCGAUUGCAUUUACCCGUUCCUAUAACGCCAGUGGCCUUACGUGGACACAAGUGGUCACAUUCUAUACCUAUUGGCCCGAUUGGACCAAAUCCCUGUCCACUGUAUUCCAGAUUACACCACUGUUUCUCGUAUUCUUUAUCGGUUCCAUACAAUUGAUUGUCUAUCUGUUUCCCAAACAGUCGACAUCACUGUUUCACGAACGCAUACAAGCUCUCUUUUGUCCGACACUGUCGUCGUUCACAAGUGCCGACGGCAAUGGUUCGUCGGGUGCCAUAAACACCGGUUACAUACCGGACGACCCGCCGCCCAAAUACGAACCGCCGCCCUCCUACUCGACGGCAACUGCCCGACAUAUUGUACAACAAAUACGCGGCCGAUUGACCCCAACUACCGGUUCCAUACGUAUGAGUUUUCUGUCGCCGCGUACCGCCGCCAACUCUAUAGCCAAUAGUAAUAAUAAUAAUAACAACAACAAUACCAACGGUGCCGUCAAUUGUGAUAAUACUAACGGUGCCGGUGGUGGUGGCGGUGGCGAUGGCCUUGUURUUGUAGUCAAUAGUCAUAGUAGUAAUAAUACUACUACUAAUAAUAUUAAUACAAAUACUAUUACUAUUACUACUAAUAAUAAUAAUACAACAAUUGGCUGUUCAUCUGAUGAGACAAUCAAAUGUUUGGAAACAAAAUACGAAGAAAUCGCUACCAUUGCUAACACAAUCACCUAA